AGUUCUUGUAGUGAAAUCUUGUUGCCUUUCCAGGUACACUGCGAGUAUGGGAUGGUCCAUGUCCUGUCGGAGAAGGGGAGCAGCAAAGGCAAAGAUUACUGCAUCCUCUUCAACUCCCAGUGGGCCCAUCUGCCCCAUGACCUGGGGAAAGCUUCCCUCUUGCAGCUGCAGGAUCAGACAGCAAGUGUUUUGUGUUCUCCCUCUGAUGUGCCUGACGGGGGAUUUAAUAAUCAGAUCCCCAUGGUGAUGAGAGGAAACUGCACCUUCUAUGAGAAAGUGAGGCUGGCUCAGAUCAAUGGAGCUCGUGGGCUGCUCAUUGUCAGCAGAGAGAGACUGGUUCCUCCUGGGGGUAACAGGAGUCAGUAUGAAGAGAUUGAUAUUCCUGUGGCUCUGCUCAGCUAUGCUGAUAUGUUGGAUAUUGGCAAGAGCUUUGGCAGCUCAGUGAAAGGAGCAAUGUAUGCACCCAACGAGCCUGUGCUGGACUACAACAUGGUCAUCAUCUUUGUCAUGGCUGUGGGGACUGUGGCAAUUGGAGGCUACUGGGCAGGAAGCAGAGAUGUGAAAAAGAGGUACAUGAAGCACAAACGUGACGAUGGGGCAGAGAAACACGACGACGAAACGGUGGAUGUGACACCCAUCAUGAUCUGUGUGUUUGUGGUGAUGUGCUGCUCCAUGCUGGUCCUUCUCUACUUCUUCUAUGACCACCUAGUCUAUGUUAUCAUAGGAAUAUUCUGCCUGGCUGCCUCGAUUGGUCUUUACAGUUGUCUGUCUCCCUUUGUCAGAAGAUUCCCUUUGGGAAAGUGCAGGAUCCCAGACAACAACUUGCCUUAUUUCCACAAACGUCCCCAGGUGAGGAUGUUGCUCCUGGCUGUGUUUUGUGUCGCUGUCAGCAUAGUCUGGGGAGUCUUCAGAAAUGAAGAUCAGUGGGCCUGGGUCCUGCAAGAUGCUUUAGGAAUUGCUUUCUGCCUCUACAUGCUGAAAACGAUUCGCCUGCCUACAUUUAAGGGCUGCACCUUGCUCCUCCUGGUUCUCUUUGUGUAUGAUGUGUUCUUUGUCUUCAUCACACCUUUUCUAACCAAGACUGGGGAGAGCAUCAUGGUGGAGGUGGCUGCAGGUCCAUCUGAUUCUGCCACGCACGAGAAGCUCCCAAUGGUCCUGAAGGUUCCACGGCUGAACUCCUCCCCAUUGGCCCUGUGUGACAGACCUUUCUCUCUCCUGGGAUUUGGAGACAUUUUAGUCCCAGGCCUCCUGGUUGCCUAUUGCCACAGAUUUGACAUUCAGGUGCAGUCAUCCAGAGUCUACUUUGUGGCCUGCACGAUAGCAUAUGGCAUAGGCCUCCUUGUGACCUUUGUUGCCUUGGCACUGAUGCAGAUGGGCCAACCUGCUCUCCUCUACCUGGUGCCCUGCACCCUCCUCACCAGCUUCGCAGUGGCUCUGUGGAGAAGGGAACUUGGCAUGUUCUGGACGGGCAGCGGCUUUGCGGUGAAUACCAGUUUGAUAUGAGUGUCUUCAGGAAAUGCUAAUGUUAGAAAAACCUAACUAGAAUUAAAAAAGACCUACCUCAGCCUCCUGUGGUGAUAGCUCCUGUCAACUGCCCGGAGCCUCCCAAAGACAGCAGUGGAGCAGCCUCUCAGCAAGACCCAGAGCAAAUGACCAACCCCACUCUCCAUGUGGAGGAG